GAACAAACAAGCAAGUCGCUAUUCUAAGAAACAAUUACAGACGAGCGGCAUCACCUUAUUUCUUGUGAAGAAAACAAAGAAAUAAGAAGUUGUGAAGAAGAAUCAUGAAACGAAAGGCUCAAGAACAAUUAGAAAAGGGACAAAAGAAUCAUGGAGUGCACUGGUUGAGAGGGGAGAUGAUUGGAGAAGGAAGCUUUGGGUCUGUGUUUCUUGCCACUCCCAAGAAACCAAGAACGAGCAAGUUUCGCAGUAUGUUUGAUUUGCCUGCUGUGAUGGCGGUUAAAUCGGCGGAGGUUUCUACUUCAGAUCCUAUUCAGCAUGAAGCGGAGGUUCUCUUUGAGAUCAAGGGUUGCCCCUUUGUUAUCGAGCGCUUUGGUGAAGAGAUCACAACCACUGACAAGGGUGACAUGGUCUACAACUUGUUGCUGGAAUUUGCCACAGGAGGAAGCCUUGACGGUUUGAUCAAGAAAUCCAACGGUAAGGGAUUGCCUGAAUCCGAUGUUAAGCACUACACGAGGACAAUUCUUGAAGGGCUUAAGCACAUACACAAGUGUGGUUAUGUUCACUGCGAUUUGACGCCGGAAAACAUUCUUCUUAUGCCUAGUACGACCGCGUCUAAUGUUAGUACUGCUAACUUGGUAGCCAAGGUUGCAGAUUUAGGAUUGGCUAAGAGAAGGAGUCGAUGGGAAGGCAAUCCCAUGUAUGCAGACGCAUGUGCUUGGACUGAUAAUGCACAGGAUGAGACGUCAAUUGAUGUAUGGUCCCUGGGUUGUAUUGUACUUCAAAUGCUAACCGGCAAGCUCCCAUGUGAACUUGUCGAGUUCUUGGACAUGGCUUCUUUUGAAUUAACUCCCAAUAGCCCUGCUGAGAUCUCAAGCGAGGCUAGAGAUUUCCUGAAGAGUUGCUUUGCCCGGAGACCUCGGGAAAGGUUGACAGCUGAAAAGCUCUUGCUCCAUCGUUUUGUAGCACAGCCACAAGCAUCAGAAGCCAAUGGUCAUCAUAUCCAGGUGGUUAAACAGCGGAAAGGAAUGUUGAAGAAGGCAUCAUCAGCUCAACUUUCGGCAAUCCAGAUGGUUUCUUAGUUAAACCACGUGCAGACUACCACACAAGGUCUACCACUGUACCCAGAAUUAAUGCCCAUCCUGCAGGUCGUGUCAUGCCAGUUACCCUAUAGAAGUGAGUCAAGCGACUUUUUCUUGACCGCGCUUCUGAAAGAAGCAGAAAAUUUUAACAUCCGAAAGGGAUUC